AUGUUGCUAUUGUUUUGGCUGGAAUUUUUCCUACAAGCUUGUCUUUUCCUUCUCGUGCAACGCAAAUACCUCAAAAUUUUCUUUCUCUUCCUCUCGAAAGAUGAUUUCAAUUUCUUGGACUCUUCCACGCUGCCAGCCAGCCUUACCGAAAUCUGUCCAUCUCUAUGUCCCUCCCUUUGUCUCCACUACUCUUUCUUUUAUUUCUUGCUCUUUCCUUUUCCCAUUUUUCGCCUUUCCGUCCCUUUCACACCUUCCAUUCCACAGUUUUCACGCCUGCGUCGCUCUUCUUUUCUUCUAGGCUGUUCCUUCCGAUGUUCUUUUCCUUCCUUCCUCGUUUCCCCUUAUUCAUUCCUUUGCUUCAUAAGCGAACACCUUCUUUCAAACAUUUUUUUAAUAUUCUUUUUCUGUUUUCUUUUUAAUUUUUUUUUCUUUCUUUCAAUCUCUGUUCACUCAUUUCAUUUUUACAUUUUUUUUUCUCAUAUUGUCCUCCAUUUUUCUUCUUCAUAUCUUUUAACUUCUUUAUCACCUUCCUUUUCUUCCCCUAGCUUUUAUUCUAUCACUUAUUUAUUGGUUAUUUCUCAUCAUUCUUUAAAUACAUUUUCUUUUUUUCCUCCUAUUAUUCACACACCGUUCUUCUCUGGUUACGUCUUCCAUGAUUUGUGGUCUUCUUUUAAUGUAAAGGACUUGGGAAAGUGUUUGAUGCAUUCACCCUUUUAUCUUCUCCGUCAUUAUCAUUCAUCUUCAUUGAUUCUUGCGCGUCUCUCUGCAAAACUUCAGUCCCUCCUCUCCGUUUUUCGUUUCAGUCCAUCGCCAUAUGUCUUCUCCGAGCCUUUUCACUCUUUAAAUCAUUUGAACGUUUCCUAUCUUCGUCCCUUUCAGUCGCCUUUUCCUUUGUGA